AUGACGGUUGCUGGUGCAGAGAAAGGAGCAACCGUGGCAGUGUGUACCUAUUCUUUUCUGCUCCUAACAGUGGCCAUCAAGAAAAGGUCCAGAGUUCCCGGGGUUAUGAUCACUCAGUGUGUUGAGGAACUCCCUGCAGGAAAGUCAACACCUGACUUUGCCCGGAAACCGAUGCCUGUGACUACUCAAGAGGGUAAAAAAGUAUUUUUCAAAGCCAUGGUUAGUGGAGAGCCGGCGCCAGCUGUGACAUGGGGACGUAAGAAAGGCGAGGUCGAUGACCCAGAAAAAUACAUGGCCAGAUACGAUGAGAGAGCUCAAGAGCACAUCCUAGAGAUACUCUGUGUAAAACCAGAUCAAGCUGACGCCUACAAGUGCUUUGCCACCAAUGAGUACGGAAUGGCCGUCUGCACUGCGACUCUCAAUGUUAUUGAAGUUGGUUUAAAGAAGAAAGCCAAAGACGCAAAUGGACAAGCAUCUCAAGAUUUCAGGAAAAUGCUAAAGAAAACUGUCGUCGUCAGAAAAAAACAACUACCGCCGAAAAAAGAUGGCGAAAUUGAUCCGAAGCUCAUGGAACUGCUCAUCUGUGCUCCGAAGAAAGACUACGAAAAAAUCUGUUGCGACUUUGGCGUUACCGACUUUCGCUGGUUGCUCAAGAGACUCAACCAGCUGAAAAAGGAGACGCAAGAUGAGCAGGCAAAGGUUGUAGAGCAACUGGACAAUGUGAAGCAAAUAGAAGUGCAACCAAAUGGGAGAGCCGAGUUCAGCCUCGACAUGAAACUACAUGAUCCCAACAGUGCAAUUAACUUAUACAAGGAUGGGACAAUGCUUCCAUAUGGGGACGAUGACAACUCAAAGCACAGCCUUAAGAAAACAGGGACAAAAUAUCUGUUCAGCAUCAAAGAUGCUGAGCCAGAAGAUGCUGGUUUUUACCAGGUCGAUGUUGAAGAUACAAAUGUCCUUACAACUGACUUUCAAGUGCCUGCUGUGGAGUUCAUAGCCAAGAUCAAGGACGUGAAGGCCUUUGAGAGUGAGGACGCCAUCUUCCAGUGCGUCUUGUCAACACCCCUCAACAGAAUCACCUGGUCAAAACUAGAUUCAUCACUUGAACAUGGGGACAAAUAUGACAUCACCGUCUCAGACGACAAGCUAAUUCACACGUUGAGGGUCAAAGACUGUAAAAUAGGAGAUAAUGGAGAGUAUUAUGCUAUUGCUGGCAUAACGUCCAGCUGUGCCUCUCUUAAAGUGGAAGAGGACCUGGCUAAACUUGCAUUGGAGCAGCAGGCCAAGCUACAAAAACAGAAAGACGACUUAGAGGCAGCCCGACGAGCGCAGGCUGAAAAGGAGGGCGAAGAGGAUGAAAAUAAAGGGAACGAUGCAGAUGAUAAGAAAACGAAGCGAGUACGAGCCGGCCCGUUGGUUCCUGACACCGUUAGAGAUCGCGGCGUCCAGUUCGUCUGUGGACUCUCAGACACAGUUGCUAAUGUGGGUCAACGGGCAGAGCUGUCUUGCAAACUAAGCAGUGACACCUCUGAGGGACGUUGGUAUAAAAAUGAGACGUUGCUAACCAGUGAGGAUGGGGUAACAAUUAUCAAAGAUGGAGCCUGUCACAGGUUGGUAAUUGAUUGCUGUAAAGAAGAUGAUGCAGCAGUGUACUGCUUUGAAGCCGAAGGCCGUAAAUCAGAAGCAGCGCUUAAUAUUCAAGAUCCACCAAUAAUCGAUGAUGACGCGCUAGGAAAAUUCACAAAGCCAGUCAUUAUAAAGGCAGGUGAAAAUGCAGAGUGGAAGCUGCCAUUCUCAGGUGGGGCUCCGAUGACUAUACAGUGGUUUAAGGAUGACGAUGAGCUUUUGCCCGCUCUCAAUGUGAAGAUUGAAACAUCCGCCGCUGAGAGCAAACUACGCCUUGUUAAGUGUCAAAGGAACGAUGGUGGCGAGAUCAAAAUAAGAAUAAAAAAUGAAUUCGGUACAACGGAAGUUAUUUCCAAACUUAUCGUACUGGACAAACCCACACCACCACAGGGGCCGGUGGACAUUAUGGAAAGUGCUGUAACAUCUGUGGAGUUUAAAUGGAAGCCACCAAAAGACAGUGGCGGAUGCCCGGUCACAAACUAUGUCCUAGAACGCCAACAAGUCGGGCGCAAUAAAUGGUCAGAUCUCGGUGAGAUCCCCGGCAGCAACCCAAGUUAUAAAGACUCAGACGUGAACCCUGGGAGGAAAUACUGCUACCGGAUCAGAGCCAAGAACGCAGAAGGCAUCAGUGAUUACCUGCAGACAGAGGACAUCGCAGCUGGUGUAUUACGUUAUCCCGGAUCCCCAACAGCACUAAAAGUGGUCAGUGCCUUUAAAGAUUGCAUCAAUCUGGCAUGGUGUCCUCCAUGUGACACUGGAGGAACCAAAAUAGUGGGAUACAACUUGGAAAAGAACAAGAAGGGCACAAAUUACUGGAGCCUUGUAAAUCAAGGAGGGCCUAUUACAGAUACAAAGUAUGCAGUGAAAGAUGUUUUUGAAGGGGCGGCAUAUGAAUUUAGGGUGUCUGCUAUCAACCUAUCUGGUGCUGGAGAUCCUAGUAUUCCAUGUGACACGGUGAUCGCAAGAGAUCCAAUGAAACCUCCAGGGAAAGUCACAGAUCUGAAGUUAACAUCCUCCAAUUACACCACAUUUUCACUGGCUUGGACUAAACCUAAAGACAUGAAAGGGGUGGAGGAUGAAGCCCAAGGCUACUAUGUGGAGAUCAGACCAAUAGAAAACCUUGAAUGGACUCGUUGUAAUGCCAUCCCAAUUACUCUAACUUCCUACACCGUGCAUGGCUUGAAGGCAAUGGCCAGCUACUGGGUGAGGGUAAUUGCCACCAAUUAUGGAGGCAAUGGAGAACCUCACGGCUUCGACAGUUACGUCAUUGCUAUGCCUCCUCCUGUAAGGCCAAAGUUUAAAGAUCGCAACAUGAAGACCUUUAUGGUGGUACGAUCUGGAAAUACUGUCCGUCUGAACAUCAACUUUGAGGCCUCCCCCUUGCCACAAAUCGUGUGGCAAAAAGAUGGUACUCCAGUGUCCAAACAUGUGACUAUUACCAGCUCUGAUAAAGGCUCUCAAAUGUUAAUCCCCACAUCUGAGCGGUCCGACAGCGGCAUCUACACCCUUAUUGUCAAGAACAUUGUCGGCCAGGAGAGCGUCAAUGUUGAAAUCAGAGUCACGGAUGAUCCCAAGCCUCCAGGUCCAGUGGAGCUGGAUCAGAACAUCCCAGGAACAGUGACUCUGUCCUGGACCUCCUCUCCAGAUGAGAAGAGGGAUGACAGACUACAUUACAUGGUAUCCAUGCGUGACUCCUUCAAACGCACUUGGAGGACAGUGGCUGACAACCUCUUCAACAAUAAGUUCACGGUUAUCAAUAUUAUGUCUGGACGGGAGUAUUACUUCAGGGUUUUUGCUAAAAAUGACAUGGGUCUUUCACCACCUUCCGAAUCCCCCGUGUUUGGAACCAUAAGUCAAAAAGGAAAGUUCAAAGUAAACAUGCCGGAGAGAAAACCCCUCGACUUGCAGUCGCCGCCAUCUUUUAUCGUUCCCCUGAAGACGCGCACGGCUCCACAGGGUUACGAGAGCUACAUGAGCUGCGCGGUUAGGGGGGAUCCAGCUCCACGAGUGACGUGGUACCACAACAACAUCAGCCUGAACACAAACACCAACUACCACGUCACCAACGUGUGUGGAGUCUGCUCCUUGCUCAUACUGACGGUGGGACCCAGGGACAACGGGGAGUACAAAGUGGUCAUCGAGAACAAACUGGGGACGGCCGAGUCCUCAAUGACACUGGCUGUCAGAGGUAUUAACACUUGUAUGAGGUUUACAGGGUUUUUCGUCUGGACACUGAGGAAUGGUUCGAGUGAGCAGUAA